AUCAAAUUAUCUCACCAUCACUUGCUCUUUCUCUCGUGACCCCCUCCUCUAAAACCCUCUUACUCGUUGGCAAACCCUAGCCCUUCGCCAAUCGUUGCUCGCCUUCGCCAGCCUCUCACCAGUCGCCACACGCCUCUAGCCCGCCUCCAGCCACCGCGAGCCUUGACGUCUCCAGCCGUUCGCGCGCCAAAGUCACCGCUCACCUCCUUCACGAAGUCGUUUGCCGCUCCCAAGCCACCUGCGUCCAGGAAACGCCGCAUUCGAGCCGCCUCGCCUCUCCCACAUCCGCGCCACUGAGUCUGACGUCUUCCGUCGUUCGCCAAGCCGCACCGUCAGCCACACAUUCCACACUGCUCACUUUCGACACAGCCGAACACCACCGCUCGACUCUCGCAGUAAAUUUUGAGGUUGUGGUAAGAUUUGGCUUGUUGGGCUAAAUUUUUGGCUUAGAUCUUGAAAGACUCACCUUGAUUUGGGUUUAACUUUGUGUUCCUUUUGGUAUUGAAAGGUUUAAGUGGAGGUUUUUUAGGGAAGUAGCGGCUGUUCUGUGAUGUUGUUUCUUCUUCGACGACUUUUAGGUUAGCGAUGUGAAUUUGUGAGAUGGAAUCUGGGUUGGAAGUGCCAUGGUAAAUAAUAAUAUUAAAGUGUAUGAUAUUAGGUCAAUUCUUGAUUGCAUUCAGGGCGAAAUGUUUAAAACCAUAGCUCUCAAGAAUAUAUAAAACCACAGCUCUCAAGUAGAUCAAAAAACCAUAAACGGAUUCAAGAAGAACAUAAUCGAAAUUUCAUAUCUUCGUUACGAGAAAAGGUAAAACAUUAAAUAUACUAUUUAACACAACCUUUUGUCACUUAUAUUUUAAUUAUGUAAGCUUUUGGUUCCCAGGUUGGAAAUGAACUUGAAGUGGGAGAUGUGGAGGUGUUAGUGGAUUGCCCAUGGUCCCCAUCCAAUUGUGACUACAUACAAUAGCUAUGUUAUUAAUGGAUGUCACUAUCACACAAAGUCAUAUGACAAAAAUAAAAGUGUACAAAAUAACCUUUUGUCACUUAUAUUUUAAUUAUGUAACCUUUUGGUUCCCAUGUUGGAAAUGAACUCGUAAGUGCGUUAAGGAGUUGGAAGAUCAAAUUCAAAGCAUCCCAAGAUCUGAGCAUGGUAGUUGCUCCAAGAAUAAAAUCCGAAAGAUUAAGAGAAGAAGAUGAAGGAGAUGCAUUAGGGUUACAACUAUUAGUUAUGAUAAUUUUUAACUUGUUUAAUUUAUGCUGUUAUAUUUAUAUCAUAGGAGAAGGAAGUUGUUAGUACAUCGAAGGAGAUGGAAGCUAUUAUUGUACAAUCGAUCUUGAAGGUGAAUUGUAUUAUGAGGAAAAAGCUUCAAAGACGAUGCCGAAAGAGAAUGAAGUUACUAGUGCACCAUCCAAUUUAUCAAUAUCCUUGAAGUCUAUUCUUAGGUAUGCUGAAAAGGUAAUAGUUGAUGGGAUAAGUAUUUCCUUCCCUACCUGUUGAGCUCUUUGGUUUUGGCCGAAAGAGUUAUGUUCUACGAAAAGAUGUGAUUGAGUUUUGUAGCAUGCAAAAAAUGAAGACUUUAUCAAUGGUGGCUUAUAUCGCGUACCUACACUCGUUCAUUGUUGAUUCAAAUAAAGGGUCGAAGUAUAUUUUUGUAGAUCCAUCUCUUAUAUUCGCGGGCCAAAAUACUCGAGAAGUUAGAGCUUGGAACCUUUAUAGUAGAUUAAUGGCUUCUGAGCACGGUCAAUUAGUUAUUGCUCCUUAUAAUCCCGGUGAUCAUUGGUCGUUAAUUGUUAUCAAUAUGUACGAUGACGUGGUGUACUAUCUUGACUCAUUGAGAACAAGUUCACGAGAAGAUAUCAAAUACAUAACAAUGUCCUUUACAAGUGGGAACUGUCGAAUGCGGGUAUUACGUUAUGAGAUAUAUGCGAGAAAUUGUGACUAAAGAGAAGAAUAUUAUAACAGAUGUGGUAUGUCUUUAAACUACUUAUAUAUAUUGUAACAUUAUAAAUAGUGUAAAUAGUAAAUAAAUAUAUAUAUCUCACUUUCUAUGUUUUAUAAAUUGAUACGAGGUGCUCAUACUCGCAACUUGAAUUGGAUGAAGUACGUGUGGAAUAGGUUGAAUAUUUAGGUUGCUAUAUCUGAUGGACUUCCUAUAAAUUGUGUAUGUGGCUACAUGGGAAUGCCCAAAACUUUUUUUAUAUAAAUGUUUUGUUCAGCCAUUAUAGGUUAUACUUCAAAGAAAUGUGUGGUGGAGGAUAGAAUUUUUAGUCUUGUGAUUUUUGGAAUACAUAGCACAUAUAGAUUGGUCUUACAAUUGUGGAAUUAUCAUAUAUUGGGGUGGGUUGAUAGAGUAAUAUAAAUUUUUGGAAUUAUCAUACUGUUGUACAAUUCGUCUUGUAAAUUUUGGAACCGUUCAUGUAGACAUGAGUAAUAGAA